AAAGGGUUGGGCCCGGCCUACACGUGAGGAAGGGAGACCGCGGCGACUGCAAGGCGCACUCCAGCUCGGCCGGGUGCUGAGUUCCGUCAGACCCAUCCUGGGACAACCCCCCCCCCCCCGCAGUGUGACUCUCAGCCGCUCAGCACUGGACGCCCCACAAACUCAGAGCUCGCAUCUCGCCCUGGUUCCCGGUCUCCAGGAACCCGGACCUCCGGUCGGAUCGCAGAUCUCCAGGUUCCGUAGGAGAUUGCCGACCUGAUUCUCAGCACUGAGAUCCUUGACUCCUGCCCGGGCCCGGGUGCUCAGAGCCGGGCGCCCGACGCUCGACGCCCGAGCGCCCCCUCAUGGCCGGGCCGGGCCCGCGGCCGGGGGCGGUGGAGCGCGCGGGCAGCUGCUGGCAGGACCCGCUGGCCGAGGCGCUGAGCCGGGGCCGCCCGCCUGCCGCGCCCCCGGGCCGGGGCUGCGCGCGGAGCCGGCCGCUCAGCGUGGUGUACGUGCUGACCCGGGAGACGCAGCCCGGCGCAGAGCCCGAGGCCGGAGCCCCCGCCGAGCCGCUGCCCCUCCGCUGCCUGCGCGAGGCCUGCGCGCAGCUUUCGGGGGCCCGGCCGCGGCCACAGCUGCGCAGCCUGCCCUUCGGGACUCUGGCGCUGGGAGACACGGCCGCGCUCGACUCCUUCUACAACGCGGAUGUGGUGGUGCUGGAAGUAAGCAAUUCCCUGGCACAGCCCUCCCUGUUCUACCACCUGGGUGUGCGCCAGAGCUUCAGCAUGACCAACAACGUGCUCCUCUGCUCCCAGGCCGACCUCCCUGACUUGCAGGCCCUGCGGGAGGACGUUUUCCAGAAGAACUCGGACUGCGUUGGCAGCUACACGCUCAUCCCCUAUGUGGUGACAGCAGCUGGCCGAGUGCUGUGCGGUGAUGCGGGCCUCCUGAGGGGCCUGGCAGAUGGGCUGGUGCAGGCAGGGGCGGGCACUGAGGCUCUGCUCACUCCCCUGGUGGGCCGGUUGGUCCGCUUGCUGGAGGCCAUGCCCACAGACUCCUGUGGCUAUUUCCGGGAGACCAUUCGGCAGAACAUCCGGCAGGCCCGGGAGCGGUUCAGUGGGCAGCAGCUGAGGCAGGAGCUGGCGCGCCUACAGCGGAGGCUGGACAGCGUGGAGCUGCUCAGCCCCGACAUCAUCAUGAACCUGCUGCUCUCCUACCGGGAUGUUCAGGACUACUCUGCCAUCAUUGAGCUGGUGGAGACUCUGCAGGCCUUGCCCACCUGUGACGUGGCUGAGCAGCACAAUGUCCGCUUCCACUACACAUUUGCUCUUAAUCGGAGGAACAAGCCUGGGGACAGGGAAAAGGCACUGGCUGUGCUGCUGCCACUGGUGCAGCUGGAGGGCCCCGUGGCACCUGACCUUUACUGCAUGUGUGGCCGCAUUUACAAGGACAUGUUCUUCGGUUCUGGCUUCCAGGAUGCUGACCACCGGGAGCAGGCCUAUCACUGGUACCGAAAGGCUUUUGAUGUAGAGCCGAGCCUCCAUUCAGGCAUCAAUGCGGCUGUGCUGCUCAUUGCUGCAGGGCAGCGCUUUGAGAACUCUGAGGAACUCCAGCUCAUAGGCAUGAAGCUGGGCUGCCUGCUGGCGCGAAAAGGCUGUGUGGAGAAGAUGCAGUAUUACUGGGAUGUAGGCUUCUACUUGGGAGCUCAGAUCCUUGCCAAUGACCUCGCCCAGGUGGCACUGGCUGCAGAGCAGCUAUACAAGCUCAAUGCCCCCAUAUGGUACCUAGUGUCAGUGAUGGAAACCUUCCUGCUCUACCAGCACUUCAGACCCACCCCAGAGCCCCCUGCAGGACCCCCACGCCGUGCUUACUUUUGGCUCCACUUCUUGCUACAGUCCUGCCAGCCUCUCAAGACAUCUUUUCCCCAAGGGGACCAGUGCUUGGUGCUGGUCCUGGAGAUGAACAAGGUGUUAUUGCCUGCACGGCUGGAGGUUCAGGGCACAGACCUGGUAAGCGCAGUGACUCUGAGCCUGAUGGAGCCUGAGACCCAGGACUCACCCUCUAGUUGGACCUUCCCAGUCACCUCCAUUUGUGGUGUUAGCGCAUCCAAGCGGGACGAGCGCUGCUGCUUCCUCUACGGCCUUCCCCCAGCACAGGAUGUACAGCUGUGCUUCCCCAGCAUGGAACACUGCCAGUGGUUCUGCUGCCUGAUUCAGGCCUUGGUAACAAAUCCGGAUUCCACCACGCCUACGGAGGAGGCUGAGGGCGUGAGGGAGGUGCUGGAGUUUGAUUACGAGUACACAGAGAACGGCGAGCGCCUGGUGCUGGGCAAAGGCACGUACGGGGUGGUGUAUGCUGGCCGGGACCGGCACACGCGAGUGCGCAUCGCCAUCAAAGAGAUUCCAGAACGCGACAGCAGGUUCUCUCAGCCCCUACAUGAAGAAAUUGCUCUGCACAAACACCUGCGUCACAAGAACAUUGUGCGCUAUCUGGGCUCAGCCAGCCAGGGCGGCUACCUCAAGAUCUUCAUGGAGGAAGUGCCUGGAGGCAGCCUGUCCUCCUUGCUGCGGUCAGUGUGGGGACCCUUGCAGGACAAUGAGAGUACCAUCAGUUUCUAUACCCGCCAGAUCCUGCAGGGCCUCAGCUACCUGCAUGACAAUCGCAUUGUGCAUCGGGACAUCAAGGGGGACAACGUACUCAUCAAUACCUUCAGUGGGCUACUCAAGAUUUCUGACUUCGGCACCUCCAAGCGGCUGGCAGGUAUCACACCCUGCACUGAGACCUUCACAGGAACCCUACAGUAUAUGGCCCCGGAAAUCAUUGACCAAGGCCCACGAGGGUAUGGGAAGGCGGCAGACAUCUGGUCUCUGGGAUGUACUGUAAUUGAGAUGGCCACAGGUCGCCCACCCUUCCACGAGCUAGGGAGUCCGCAGGCUGCCAUGUUUCAGGUGGGCAUGUACAAGGUGCAUCCGCCAAUGCCUAGUUCUCUAUCAGCUGACGCCCAAGCCUUCCUCCUUCACACUUUUGAGCCAGACCCCCACCUUCGAGCCAGUGCACAAGCAUUGCUGGGGGACCCCUUUCUGCAGCCCGGAAAGAGGAGUUGCAGUCCAAGCUCCCCCCGGCAUGCUCCACGACACUCAGAUGCCCCUUCAGCCAGUCCCACUCCUUCAGCUGACUCUGCCACCCAGUCCCAGACAUUUCCACGCCCUCAGGCACCCUCUCAGCACCCACCCAGUCCCCCCAAGCGCUGCCUCAGUUAUGGGGACACCAGUCAGCUCCGGGUUCCUGAGGAGUCGGGGCCUGAGGAACCCGCGUCCCCCGAGGAGAGUUCGGGGCUGAGCCUCCUGCACCAAGAGAGCAAGCGCCGGGCUAUGUUGGCUGCCGUGGUCGAGCAGGAGCUGCCCACGCUGGCAGAGAAUCUGCGGGUGGAACAGGAACAGGGUCCCUGCCUGGGCAGGAAUGAUGUGGAACAGUUACUGUGCUCCCUCCGGGCGCACAUAAACACUCCCAACCGGCGGCAGCUGGCCCAGGAGUUGCGAGCACUGCAAGGGCAGCUUCGGGCACAGGGCAUUGAACCUGCGCUUUUGCAGGAACCACUCUUCGCCUUCCCGGAUGCGGUGAAGCAGAUCCUCCGCAGGCGCCAGAUCCGCCCACACUGGAUGUUCGUGCUGGACUCGCUGCUCAGCCGCGCUGUACGUGCAGCCUGGGCGGUGCUGGGCCCAGAGGUGAAGGAGGCAAUCCCAUCGAGGUCAGAGGUGCUGAGUAAAGAGGAGUUCCAGCCCAAACAACAGGAGACCUCGGACCAGUUAAGCCAGCUUCCUGAGGAACCAGAACAAGACUCCCCACCUCUGUUGGUGCAGCUGAACCUCUUGCGAGCAGAGACUGACAGGCUUCGGAAUGUCCUGGCUGAGAAGGAGAGGGAGUGCCAGGUCCUGAUGCAACAAGCUCUACAGCGUGUGAGUGGGGAGGCCAGGUUCAGUGCCCAGGUCUCAGAGGCCCCAGGGGAUCAGGAGAUGGUGCAGUGGCUCCAGGAACUAAAGGUGGAUUCUGACACAAUUCAGACGCUGCUGAACCACAGCUUCACCCUACAUGUUUUACUGACCUGUGCCACUCAGGAUGACCUCAGCUACACUCACAUCAGGGGAGGGAUGGUGUGCCGCAUCUGGAGAGCCAUCUUGACACAACGAGCAGGAUCCACUCCAAUCACCCCUGGCUCCCCAGGGGACUGAAUGAGGGCAUCAGAGGCAGGAGACCAGACCCAAGGAUGAAGACACAAGCAGCUUCUGACAUACCUGCAGGACCAAGGGACAACUGGAGGAGACCAGGAGGGUGGGGGCAGAACAGAGCCAAGAUCUAACCCUACUAGGGGAAAUCAGCCCUAGAGAUGCCUCAAGAACAAGUCCUACCAGUUUAAGACUAUUAAACAUAACAUCUUUGUA